CUUUUGGCACCUUUGCUCAUCUCGUCCCCGACUGCCUGCGCCACAUUCAAUAUCCUUCAUUGCUAUCGUAAAAUACCUCUAUCCCUGUGGUGGUACUAGUUUUGGUCUGUAAAGCUCUCUCAGCUUCGAACUGACCGUCGAUAUGUGGACCAUCGUUGGACCAUUCGACGGUGAAACAGGGGAAGUCAACUUUGCCAAAUCUAAGCUGCUAAAGCCUGGCUCAACUUACGGUCUCGGAAGAAAAGGCCAGCCACUGUUGAUUAACAGCAAAAAGAUAUCACAUCACCAUUGUGAACUCAUCGUAGGGAAGAGCGAGGUGGACGCUGUGUCUGAUCCGCUUUCAAAGCCGAAUAUUCAGCUAGUAAAUAAGAAGGACAAGAUGUUCAAAGUUGAAAGGAACGGAGUACCUUUCCCUGUGAACUCUGCCGCAAUCGUGGAGCUACAGGAUGGUGAUAUACUUCAGUUGGCAUCUGCAGUAUCUACGAGCGUGAGAUGGUUGCCUGUCUGUGUCUAUCUUCCGUCAACGCGAGGGAGGUCAUCCACAUCUCUGGAAUCUUGUGCAGCACUUGGUGUCAAGGCCCUACACCUACCUAAUCCUAAUGUUACACACCAUAUCACGUCUACACUCUCAGCAACAACAUCAAUCGCCGCGUCACUCAUAUCUGCAUGCCAAUUCGUCAAGCCGGAAUGGCUCAGUGAGGUGCUCAGGCUUGGAGGUUUACCUAGUGACGAUUCCUCGUCGCUUGAAAGCCAUUUUAAAAUGCCUCUUGCCUCCAAAUACCGUCCUACUUUCUCACCCGCACUUCCGGAGAAAUAUAAGACACCGGACGUGUGGAACCCUAAUGAAGAACGACUCCACAUCUUUAAGGACCACCGGUUCAUGUGCAUCAGUGAAAGGUCCAGAGAAAUCGAUAGCGAACUGCGUGAACUUCUCCAACGCGGUGACGGGUCAAUUGAAACAUUCAAUAUUCAGGAUGGCGGUAUGAAAUGGCGCAAAGCAUUGUCUCGCGGACGUGCCAAGGAGAGCGUGAAAAUAGUCGCUAUCGCGUCGGAGGAUGCUAUGGUGGCUGCUGUUGGAUCUGAGAGCUGGCAGGAAUUUUUCGAAAUCGUUCGAGAAUUUGACGUGCGCGUCUUAGAGCCUCAAGACAUUGUUCAGACCGUGUUGGAUGUGGAUGUCUCCAUAUUCAAUGGUGGGACAGUUGUCGUAGAAUCUUCUCUUCCGGAUGUCACAUCCAAUUCCAUACCAGAUGAGCCAUCUAUUCUGCUUCCUGAAUCUGAAUCGGUGGUUCCACCUCGUAAAAAGCUGGUUAGGAGAACGGUUUCUCGCCAAGCAUCCCAAGAACCUGUCAGUAUACCAGAUCCGAAUGCAGAGAAAGCUCUGCUCCCGCGGCGUAAAUUGACGAGAAGAGCAGGGUCCCAACAACCGGAGGACCCUUCGAUUUCAUUGAUGCCUCCUCCAGAGGAUGCAUUGCGUCCGCGGCGGACAUUGACAAGACGCGCUAACGCAGGAUUGCCGAUUAUUAGCAGUUUAAACGAUAAUUCGAUAUUGAUCAACUCAUUGACUGCUACAAGUGAGCCUUCAGAAACACAAGCCGAAUCUACAGCUGAAAGCUCUUUUCCUCUGCAGCGCUCUAAGAAACUUAAACGUCGUCUAGACACAACAGAUCCCAUCGAGUCGCAAUUGGCAUCCAUAGGCAAGAUCGAAGUUCCUGCAGAGCCUGCAUACAAGAAGCAUAAGGCUUUAUUCGAUGCGAGCGAUCCGGAAAAGGCCGGAAUAACGUUCGAUGGGACGAAUUUCAGCGGCUUUCAGAGCAGUCAAACACAGAGUCAGUCUGAAACGUUGGGUUCCCGGAGUGCUCUUCAGCCGGUUCGGGAAGAAGAGGAGGAGUCCCAACAGUCUGUUCCCGAGGGUAGCAGAGGGCAAAAGAGAAAGUCUGUUUCGGAAGACGUCGAAAUGGCUGGUGUUGAGGAGGCUUCCGCACUUGCACCAGAGGCCGAUGCCCCUCCGGCGAAGAAGCGAGCCAUAGACAAUGUCAAUGCUGUUCACCGUCUGCCGACAACUACCAUUCAAGCUGACGAUCGGACCAGAUCAAAACCGCCUUCUACUGUUCAACCGCCCAAGUCCAAGUCCGGUGCUCCUCCAGGUAAGCCGGAUACAGACGAUGCUUUCUUAAAAGCAAUUGCCUCUACGAAACGGGGGAAAAAAACCGAGGACGACUUUGACCGUGAGUUCAACAAACUAAAGAUUUCGAAGCCCGAGUUGAACAAAGAAAACCCGGAGGAUGAGUGGAAGGUCUUGGAACAAUUCGGCGACGACAAUAACGUUAGAGGAAACUUCAUGGUUGUUGUCCCAAUGGAAGUGCACGGUAAACGUGAGGGAAAGACUAGACAGAAUGAAACAAACGCGGAAUGGCAAGGCAAGCCCAAUUUCAAGAAAUUCAAGAAGAAGAUUACUAGCCGGGUACGCCCCAAGCUCGUCGACCUUGUCAUUAGUGAUGAGAGUACCAUGGCUUCAGCGACUGUGCUCUCCCAGAUUUCAGCAUCAUACCAGCAGAUUGAUGAGCCGAUUGAUAUCGAUCCAACCGAACCACCAAAACGUACAAAGACCCAAAAGAUUCUUAGCAAUGACUCGGACUCGAAUAUUGGUAAUCCUCCGCCUCUCACUCAGAAGAAGAAUAAGCAGCCGUCUCGAGCAGGGAGUGUCGUUCCCCAGAAGAGAGCAGUGUCACGCAGGCCCAGCACUCCACCUUUGUUUUUGGAGGACUCAGAGGAUGAGGGCAUGAACCAAGAUUCGCCGGUGGAUGACGACAAUGACCUACAGACACUGCAAUCCAGCGCGGCUUCGCGCAAGGGUACCCAAACAAGAAGGGGAACGGCCAGAAAGGCAGCGUUGAAAGUCGAUUCUGAUUCUGAUUCUGAUGCGGUGUUUAAGCCGGUGAAAGCUAGGAGAAGAAAGUGAUAGUUUGCUUCAUUCUUGGAUAGAUGGUGUACCUAUGAUUGGUCUAUGUACGUUCCUCUUUGUGUUUAAUAUACUAAUUAUAUCGGGGAAGGGACCGAUUGCAGAUCUCAAGGUCCCUGAAGAAGCAAGUUGGAGAAUCAGGCAAAGGAAGAUUU